AUGGACAAAGACAAGAAGGGAAGCAGAGUUAAAAUCAAUGCUGUGGCUGUAAAACGAUUUAAGGAACCAAAGGAAGAGAGGCGUCCCUGGAGGAUAUGGUUUUAUGAUACCUCCAAGCAAGCAAUAGGUGCCCUCUUCAUCCACUUUGCCAAUAUUUUCCUGUCGGAUCUCACUGAAGAGGACCCUUGCUCUCUCUACCUUAUUAAUUUCAUCCUUGAUGCCACGCUGGGGAUGCUGCUGAUCUGGCUUGGUGUGAAAGUUGUCUCCUGGAUUGUGCAGCGUAAGAAGUACAUGUACCUGGUCUUUGGAGAAUAUGGUGACCCUCCACAAGCUGCUGCCUGGAUUGGCCAGUGUAUCCUCUACUUACUGAUAAUGGUUUUUGAGAAGACUGUGAUUAGUCUUGUCCUGCUUAUCCCUGGUUGGACAAAGCUUCAGCAGAUCCUCCUGGGUUACAUCCCAGACCCCCAACUGGAGCUUGUCCUGGUGAUGCUUGUUGUGCCUUUUAUAGUCAAUGCCAUUAUGUUCUGGGUUGUGGACAGCUUGAUCAUGAGGAAAUAUAAGCAGAAGGACACUCUGGACAUCAGUGGAUCCAUAGAAGCUCCUCGGGCUAGGAGGACAGAGGAAUCUCAGAUGAUGUGGCUGGAGGAUGUCUCUCAUGUGGCUCUAUCAACAAAUGCUCCAGGCCGGUGGCAGCCAGUUAGAUCAAAACAGCCUGUUGGUAGCUUCAAGUCUGAAGUUAGUGCUGAAAGCGUAGGUGUUCCUGGAGGCAAUGGGCAGCCUUUUGAUCGUGCAGCAAAGCUGUGGGCUUUCUUACCCAGAGAGGUACCGGUGUUACUCUCUCCAGACAUGGAUUUUGAUCAGUCUGAAAGCGACCAAGAUAUUUCAGGACUUCAGGGAACAAACCAGAAGAUGAAGCAGCCCAGCUACCAAGUGGUUAUCUGACAGCACCAGGACAAGGGAGGUGGAGGAAGGGAAGUAACACUGUGAUCCUUGAGCUGGCCGAGGAAGGGCAGGGUGGGGAAUACCCGUUGAUCCCUAUGGAUCUGUGGAGAUCCCUUCGCCUGCCUCAUCUAGACGUGUCCUUCUGCAUUUGUCUCUUUGGGAAUGGUGUCUGUGCAUCCUGUACAGGCUUGAGCAGUAUCUGCUCUACCUGUCUGACCCUAACCUGUACACAUGCAGGCACGUUGAGGUUAGGGGUAUGGAUAUGUACUUCCCCUGGCUGGCCAGCUGGGUAUAAAUUUUGUCAAGGCUAGAGACUGAAAUCAAGAUUGUCUGC